AUGCUAAAAGGAAUACUGUCCAUCGUCUCUGGUUGUCUGCCUAAGUUCUUAGGCAAACCGGAACGAGACGCCACUUACAUUCCUUUAAUGGAUAUAUUACGAAGAAAAUUUCCUGAUGAGAAGAAGAGAGACUCUGUGAAGAUAAUGGUUCCUGGCUCUGGACUUGGACGAUUAGCAUUUGAUCUUGCGGAAGAAGGAUUUAUUGUAGAAGGAAACGAAUACAGCAUGAUUAUGUUGAUGACGUCUUCUUUUUUGCUAAAUGGUUGUUUGAAGGAAAAUGAAUAUUUCAUAUAUCCGUACACCCUUGAUAAAAGCAAUUGCUGGUCAUAUGCCGACCAAACAAGACCGAUAUACUUUCCUGACACUGGAAAAUCGGAAAGGGAAGUGAGUGUACUUGUUAUUCACCUAUUCGCAAUACAAAUCAUACCGUUUUCAUUAAGACACAUUCGACACUUCGUAUAUAGCGUUCCUUUUUUUUUGCAGAAACCACUGAACAUGUCUAUGAUCGCUGGAGAUUUCCUGGAAGUGACAAAAUCCAGGAAUGAAACCUUUGAUUGCGUGGUAACGGCGUGGUUUAUAGAUACAGCAAAGAAUAUUAUAGAUUAUAUAGAAACCAUCUAUCGACUUCUCAAGCCAGGAGGCUCAUGGUUGAAUGUUGGUCCUCUUACUUAUCACUAUGAGGAUAUGCCUGACGAGAUGUCAAUUGAACUGCCCUACGAGGAAGUGAUGCGAAUCAUACGAUUGACGGGUUUCGAAGUUGUGAAAGAAGAGAGAAUUGCUAGUUACUAUACUAAAAAUCGGCUGUCGAUGUUAAAGAAUCAGUACACGUGCGCUUUUUUUGAAGUUAUCAAACCUUCUUUAUCCGAUGCUAAAUUGGAUGCAGCUUCUGAACAA